CUCCAGCUUUAAAGGGACAGUUAAGUAAAGAAAAACCAACAACAUGAAAUUUGUUAUAGUUUUUGUGACAGUGUUUGCCGUUGUCUUGGCUGCUCCCCGUUCUGAAGAUGCGAUUGUUUUAAAAUCCGAAUCUGAAGUAGGACCCGAAUCCUUUAAAUAUUCUUAUGAGACCAGUGAUGGUGUCAAGGCGGAAGCACGAGGUCUAUUGAAGAAUGUUGGUUCCGAAAAUGAAUCUUUGGCUGUCCAAGGUGCUUACACUUAUGUAGACGCUGAUGGCCAGACUAUUAGUGUGGAAUAUGUGGCCGAUGAAAAUGGUUUCCAACCUAAGGGAGAUCAUUUGCCUGUUGCAGCUGCUGCUUAAAAAGUAGUUUUAUGUUAUUUAUUGAAUAAAAUGAUUGAAUUUGUUUUAAGCUUGA